AUGACACAAAGAAGAAGGAGAAAAGGCGCGGCGCCUCGAGGAGAGGUCCCCGGCUCCUCCGCUCCACAAACGCAGAAAGGAAGUACGCCUGGAGGUCCUCCAUCGAAAGGAGCUGGUUCUCGAUCAGCAGCGCCUCCUGAAGCUCCAGCGCGCGUUCAUCAAGAGGUUCCCUCGGGCCACCAAGAAGCGCCGAUGAGGACGACUGGUCAGCUGAUUCGAGAGGAGAGCCGUUUUCGUAUGGUUGAGCUGCAGGAAGCUCAGCACCUCGUCGAUUGCGAAGUUCGGCGCCUCAUCCACGCAGAGCUGUCUCGCUUCAAUCGUCUAAGGGGCAAAGCCAAGAUCCCAGGUGGCAGACAGCGGGUGAGCUCUGAAGACUUGGCGCCUCGUGAGGACGAGGGACCUGGGCAGCGUCAUCGAGAGGAUGCCGAUGACAGCGCCACACGCCGUGGGUGCGUGAUGAGUCCACCUCCUUUGACAAAUGUCGUUAAGCCGCCCUUUUUAGACCGUCGCGUGGCUAGUUCCGUGCUCGCCCCGCGGCCAUUUCCGGCCUUCCGAGCGUCCGUUGUGGAUGGGUACGCGGUGCGGCUGCCGCUGGAAGCUGGCGCGUCCCGCCUGUCUUCGGAUAUUUUCUGCGCUCCACAAAACACAGGGCCAGAGAGCCCCGAGCGCUCGCGCCUGGCUUUGCGCAUCGUCGGGAAGGUGCGCGCCGGCAGCGGCCUCUCAGCAGUCAGCGACGGGCCCCCGACGAACUCCCGGCAGCACCCUCACAGCCAGCGGAGUGCGGUGGAAGGCAACUCAGAAAGCAAUAACGUGACGACACGGCUGCGGAAUGGAUGCAGCGACCGGCUGCAUGGGCAGUCUAAGCUUGGGGACGCGGACACCAAACAGCAACAUGGGGCCGUGUCUCCCCAGAAAGAGCGAGAGUCGAGCUCUGCUCGAGACAGUUCCCUGCCAGUCACGCCGCAUGCGUCGUCUGCAUGCGUGUAUGUGACAACAGGCGCGCCCGUCCCUUCCCAGUUUCAGGCCGUCAUCCCAGUGGAGGACUGCGUCGUGGACAAGGAGAACGCUCUGUGCAUGCCGGACGCAUCCGCAUGCGCGGCCCUCCGACCCGGGACCAACAUCCGAGCCGUGGGCAGCGACGUCGCCGCAGGCACGCCGCUCUUGGAGCGAGGCCAGCUCGUGGGGCCUGCUGAGGAGGGGCUCCUUUCCAGUUUCAACAUCCGGCAACUCGAGGUGCUCCGGCGCCUGAACGUGCACACACUGGCGAUCGGAGACGAGCUUAUCAGCAGCGGGGCGGGUCAGGGCCUGACACCCCGCAGCGCCCGCGACGAGGGCCGGCGCCCGUCUUCUGCGCCCUCUGGAAAGAGGGGCGUGGACGGACUCUCCUCUCUCAGCGCCUCCAGUUCCCUCGCGUCUCUCGCGGCCGAGGUCUUCGAUAGCAACUCCCCCACGCUGGCUGCUCUGAUUGCCCGUCGCUGCCCCAGUGUCGGCGUUCGCGCUCAACACCUCCUCCCGGACAGCACCUCAGCCGUCCGCCGCCUGCUCCUGCGCCUGGCGGCAGGCGCCCCCGACGCGACACCUGUGGGCGUCGCUGCAAACGCAGGAGACAGGGAAGAUGAGGAGAGCGCAACCCCUCCGUGCUGUCCCUGCGUCUGGUGCUCGGCAACGCGCUCGACAGACGGCGAGGCUUCGGAGCGCGAUGCAGACGACGGGGCCGCAGACGUGCUUGUCACUACCGGCGGCGUGUCGAUGGGAGACAGCGACUGCGUCAAGCUCGCGCUUCUGCAGCUGCAUGAGGAGACCCAAAACAUGCGCGAGAAGCGCCCCACAGGGUCUCAAGACAGAACUGCGAGGGACGACAAGGAAUCGCGGUGUGCGUUGAAAUGUGAGAGUGGCUGCUGCGCGUUUCGGGUCGAGACAGACAUUCACUUUGGCCGUCUGAAUUUGAAGCCAGGGAAGCCUGCCAUCGUCGCCUCGCUUCGCGCGCACAGGUGCCCUCGCAACGAGCACCAUGGAUCCGCGGGCGGAGCGACGACCAACACCUCCUCUCCCUAUCGGACCCUGCUGGUGUUUGGUCUUCCCGGCAAUCCCUGCAGCUCUUGGGUGCUGUUCCACCUGCUCGUCGGCCCCGCUCUGCAGUUCUUUUCUUCGUUUUCGCCGUCAUUGUCGCUCUCUGGAAGCCUGCCACCGCAGAUGCCCGUGACGCUGGCUGCUGCGGUGUGCCCUGACGUCAGCCGGCCUGAGUUCCAGCGCGCCCUCGUCUAUGUCGACUUCGCUUCGGGGCAGCGGGGCUUUCAUGACGACGCAUUAGACGAACAGCUUGCGUCUCCGGAUUUGCCUUUUGCCCCAGUCCCCUCCGCGCCAACGUAUCCGGAGGCGGCGCUGUCGACCGCCCAGCAGAGGCUGUUAUCGCCCUCCACCUACCUCCACGCUUUUCCAACCGGCCCUCAGCAAAGUUCGCGCCUGCUAAGCUGCUGCGCAAACGCAAACGCUCUUCUCUUGGUACCUCCUCAACAGAAGUCUGGCCGCGGUCGCUAUGAGGCAGGGGAGGCCUUGUGGGGGUGGCUGCUAGAUUCACCCUUUCCCACGCCGCCCAAGAUACUUCUGAACCUGGUGAAGCUCCAAGGAAAGCACCAGAGCUUCACGAACUCCGCUGAGAGAGGCGCCUCGUUGCAGUUCCAGGGUGCCGGCUGCCGAUGCGGAGGUCACCAAAGUCGGGACGUGUCCGCCCACAGGCCCGUUGGGCUCGUUGACAUGAACGCGAAGCGCACUGAGAUCCUCACACCGUCGAGUGCUGGUGCGGAGGGGUCACGCGUUGAACCUGCAGCGAAGGAGGAGGACCGAUCCAAGAGUACCUCUGUGAACACGCUCAGACCCGUGGGCAGUGUUUCGACAGCCAGCAGCCAACGCGCCUACGCAGAGGCGCGCCAAGGGACGCGGCGUCACGCGCGCGGCCAGCGAGCCGGCUGCGAAGCCCACCAGGUGGCUCUCACCUUUUCCCCUUCGGCGGUCGAUGCUGCAGUUGCUCCCUCGACGCAGUGCGGUCACGAAAGCUCGGAAGACCAAAUGCGUCACGCACCUGGCGCCGCGCACAAAGGAAGUAAGUUCUCAGAAGUCGUGGCGGGCUCCGACCUCCUAUCAAGUCCAUCAAGUCUAGCCACGGCGCCUCGGACGACCACGGAGCAUGCGUCUCAUCGCCACGCGGCAGAACACUCAAAAGACAGAGUUUCCUGUUCGCUUGGCAUUGUUGUGGUUUCCGACCGCUGUUUCCGCGGUGAAAUGAGGGAUGCUUGUGCCGAAGCGGCCCUCAGUACGCUCCGCUCCGCCUCGCCCCUCGAGAGCUGCUUGCCUCCACUCGAUGACGCCAUCGUGACCAGCGAGGCUACCCUCGCCAAAGGAGCUCUCACCUUUCACGGGAACCGAGUGACAGUGCUUGUCGUCCCUGACGAAGUGCGUCGGGUGCAGGACGCUGUGAUGUCCUUGGUCUGCGAAUGCAGUUGGGCUGGUGAUCAGGCGAGACGCCAUUCUGCGUACGGAGACGCCGACCUUUGCAGCCAUCCGGACAGUUCUCGCUCUUUCCGCCCCGGCCUCGUUUUCGUCUGCGGUGGGACAGGGCUUUCCUCGAGGGAUGUCACGCCGCAGUCUCUGUUGCCGCUCUUUUCAGUGCGCUGCAGCGGGUUGGAGCAUUUGCUUCUGCAGGCGUCACUCGCCUACACUCCGCUGGCGGCGCUGGGGCGCCCGUGCUCAGGUAUAAUUACGUGCAGAAGCCAGACGCGAGCGGGCGAAUCACGCGGAUCGUCGUGUGUAUCGAUUGCAGAGUCCGAGAGACAUCACGUGCACGACGUACACCGUGGGGACGACCGCUGCACUGCCGACGAGUCAGGGAGAGAGCGAAGCACCUCAGUUCCUGUUGCAGGAUGUGGCGGGAGAGCGCUUGUUUUUGCGUUGCCUGGGAGUCCGAAGGCUGUGCGCGAGUGUAUUCAAGCCCUGAUACCCGUUCUGUCCCAUGCUCUCGAUGUGCUGGCAUCGGGAGUAUGA